AGAUGUUCGCCUGCAAUCUGUCACACUCAAUUUUUGGUUUUGUUUACCUGGUAAAAGGGUGCAUCCAUUCGACUUUGCUUUUAAGAGCAGUGCCUCGAACCUCCCCCUGCUGCCACAACAGGUCUGUUAGUCAAGGCACACCCUUGUUUGCCCUGCAUUUUUCUACACCGCGGUGCUAUUGUUUUGCCACAAUGCAGUGGCUUCUGUAGCCCCAGGGGCUAAAGUUCAGCCACAAUCUGGUCUGAUAUCUCUUUACAUAAAUUCAGAGGAGCUAAUGUAGUGUGAGAGGAAAAUGUAGUAAGGUGUUUUAAACAGCACAAGACAUAAUAGAUGACUAAGUAUGUUGUCAUUAACGGGCGUAUUUCUGCCCAGCACCAUAACAUGAUGUCAGGUAGACUCAUAAAACCACACUUUAAUCAUGCUCAUCCACCCACACAACAGUGGGUUCAAGGAAGGGUUUGUGUUGGUAGCAGAGGAUGUAGAUACGAAGCCAGAGAUCCACCUCAAGACCCUUUAAACUUGAGAUAUGACAGUAGCAUUGCAGUAAUAUGUUUUACUUUACUAAUCUGUGUGUCUACAGAGGCUCCUCAGGACUGGUCGGACCAUGCCCUGUGGUGGGAGCAGAGGAAAUGCUGGCUACUCAAGACCCACUGGACCUUGGACAAGUAUGGAAUUCAGGCUGAUGCUAACCUGCGCUAUACACCCCAGCACAAACCCCUGCUGCUGCAGCUCCCCAAUAUGAAAACCAUCAAAAUGACCGUCUGCUUCUCCAGUGUGGUCUUCAAGGCGGUGGCGGAGAUCUGUCAAAUGCUCAACAUCAGAAGAUCAGAGGAACUGUCCCUGCUGAAGCCUCCAGACGACCCCUCUAAGAAGAAGAAGAAGAAAGACAAGAACUCAGCGCAAGAAGACAUCUGGGACAUUGAUUUGUUUAGCGGGGGACCGGGGGGCACAGGCCCCAUGUACAGUAAGACCAUGACAGCCACCUACGACCCAGAGAACGGGAUGCCGGUGUCUGCCACGAGCCUCUGGUUUGGAGAAAACCCUCUAGCCGAAUCGCAGCCAAACUUGCCGCCUGCUGAGCUGGCAAAGAUGUACCAGCCGCUCUCGCCAGUGGACAAAGCAAUCAACAUGGCAGGGUGGUUGGACUCGUCUUGUUCUCUUAUGGAGCAAGACAUUCUACAUGAAGAAAAGCUACUGCUUCGCUUCAAGUACAAUGUCUUCUUUGACCUCAAUCCCAAAUACGACGCCGUCAGAAUAACCCAGCUGUAUGAACAAGCUCGCUGGUCCAUCCUGCUGGAGGAGAUAGACUGCACUGAGGAGGAAAUGCUGAUGUUUGCUUCAUUACAGUAUCACAUCUGUAAACUGACCAUGUCAAGUGAACCACUGGACCUCUCCAACGAGCCAGAAAUAGAUGAAGUAGAGGCCGCCCUCUCCAACUUGGAGGUGACACUUGAAGGCGGACUCCCAGACCGAAUUCUGGAAGACAUUACAGACAUUCCAGAGCUGGCAGAUUCCCUCCGGCUGUUUAGGCCCAAAAGACUGCUGCGGCCGUACAAAGAGUACUGGUUUGUAUUCAAGGACACCACCAUCUCCUACUACAAGAACAAGGAGACCUCCAGCGGAGAACCCAUGGAGCAGUUUCACCUCCGAGGUUGUGAGGUAGUCCCCGAUGUCAACGUCACGGAGAAGAAGUUCGGCAUCAAGCUGCUGCUCCCAGUUGCUGACGGGAUGAAUGAGGUGUACAUCCGAUGUGACAAUCAAACGCAGUACGCCAAGUGGAAAGCUGCGUGUAUCCUGGCCUCCAAGGGCAAGACGAUGGCCUACAGCUCCUACAAGUCAGAAGUGAGGAACAUCCAGUCCUUCCUGCAGAUGAAGAGCAUGGCGCCUCCUCCUGGUCAGGCAGCUCCUGACCUUGGCGCUAUGGAGAUGAAUGCCGAAUGUUUUUUCUCCCCGCGCUACACCAAGAAGCACAAGACCAAGCAGCUAACAGCACGCAUCCUGGAGGCCCAUCAGAACAUAGCACGGCUGUCCCUAAUGGAGGCCAAGAUGCGCUUCAUCCAGGCCUGGCAGUCGCUUCCGGAGUUCGGUAUCAACUACUACAUUGUCAGGUUCAAAGGCAGUAAGAAGGAUGAGAUUCUGGGGAUCUCUUACAACCGUCUGAUUCGUAUGGACAUGUCCUCUUAUCUGCCUGUCACCACGUGGAGGUUCGCCAAUAUGAAGCAGUGGAAUGUUAACUGGGAGAUAAGACAGGUGACCAUACAGUUUGACCAGAAUGUGUCAAUGGCCUUCUGCUGUUUGAGCUGCGACUGCAAGGUGGUCCACGAGUUUAUCGGCGGUUACAUCUUCCUCUCCACACGAUCUAAAGACCAGAACGAGACGCUAGACGAAGAACUGUUCCAUAAACUAACUGGAGGCCAACAAUGAGGAAAGAUAAAAGCCUGAGGGUCUUUCAGUUCAUCUGUUUAUUUUCCUAUGUUGCAAUGUGAAAGCGCAGCGUUCAUCUACUGUAGCAAUGGUAACCCUAAACACUGAAUCACUGCCAAAGAAAAUGUAAUCCUGUAAACUGGAAAUGUAAGAUGUUCACACACAGAACAAAACUUUUUUGUCAUUAUAUAUAUCCUGCUGUGAACAGUUAUAGCAGUCUACCCUGCACUAAAAAAUAAUGGCAUUGAUGUAAAUAUUUAGUCAAGAAUCUUUCAAAACUUGGAUGCAUUGAUAUUUGUAGGAAUUACGUUUUUUAAAAGGUGAAGAGAUGCCCUUGUUAAGGACAGAAAAUCAUUUUGUAAAAAAUCAUUAAAGGGUGUUUUUGUUUGUAUUUCACAACUUGUUUCACAUUUGCUCAUUUGCUGCCACACAAACGCAACUGAGUUUUUACAUUUAAGGUUGAACUCAUCUUAAUUAAUAUAGUGUAAUGAGCGUCGAUGCUUAUUAUGUAUGAUGAAAUGCAAAUUCGCAAAUAUUCUGUGCUUAAAGAAAGCAGAAUUUAUUGUAGGCAGAGAAUCUGUUUUUUUCUGUUCAUGUUCAUGUUGAUGUGACAAAGAAAUAUCAUACUUAAUUUUG